AUGGCUUCUCUUGCUUUCUCCUGGUCCACCACCACACUCUCCGCCAAGCCGCCGCCGUUGCCACCUCAUCUCCCGACCAAAACCGCCCGUCCCCUCGCCAUCUCAUGCAAAGCCGCUGACGACGACACCGAGACCUCCUCUGACCUAGCAAAACUUGACCGACGAAACCUACUCCUCGGAGCCGGUGGCCUAUCCGGUGCUGCUGCGGCCCACCUUCUCUCCCGCGGUCCCCCGGCCCUGGCCACUCCCAUCACAUCCCCCGACCUCUCCAAAUGCUCCACCGGCACCAACCUCAACACCAAUGAGCCCCUCGACAUAAGCUGCUGCCUCUCUAAUGCCUUCAUCGACUACAAGCUCCCGCCCGUCACCACAAUGCGCGUCCGACCCGCGGCCCACCUUGCCGGGAAGGACUACUUUGCAAAGUACGAAAAAGCCCUUUCUUGCAUGAAGGCUUUACCGGCGGACGACCCACGGAGCUUCAUGCAGCAGGCCAAAAUCCACUGCGCCUACUGCAACUUCGUCUACCCUCAGACGGGCGGGCCCCCGGACUCGAUGCUCCAGAUCCACCACUGCUGGCACUUUUACCCCUUCCACAGAUGGUACCUUUAUUUCUACGAGAGGAUCCUCGGGAAAUUGAUCGACGACCCGACAUUCGCCAUCCCGUUCUGGAAUUGGGACAACCCGGAAGGCAUGAUCAUGCCGGAGGAAUUCACGCGCGAAGGCUCAUCGCUUUCCAACGCACGCCGCAACCCGAAACACCUGCCGCCUGCCCUGGCUGACCUGGCGUACAGCCCCAAGUCACCCACGAGCCAGGACCAGAUCGUCUCCAACAACCUUGCCGAAAUGUACAUCGAGAUGGUGCGCAACGUCUCGCGGCUCGAGGACUUCUACGGCGCGAGGUACGCGGUGGGGACUGCGCCCAACCCGGGCGCGGGGACCGUGGAGCGCGGGUCCCACACGGCGCUGCACAAGUGGGUCGGGGAGGACACGCCGGGUGGGGAGGACAUGGGGAACUUCUACUCUGCGGGUCGGGAGCCGCUCUUCUACAGCCACCACGCCAACAUCGACCGCCUCUGGUCCGUGUGGCGUGGCCUGCAGAAGAAGGGGAAGAAGUGUGGGAAGUCCUUCAAGGACUUCCCGGACGACCCCGACUGGCUCAAGGCUGACUACCUUUUCUUCGACGAGGAGGGGCGGCUCGUGCGUGUGACCAAUGCCGACGCGCUGGACACUGAGCGGAUGGGUUACGUGAACCAGGAGGUGGACAUACCGUGGCUGAACAACAGGCUGAGGCCGCGCAACAAGAAGUCGAAGGUGGCGGCGUCCUCCGGAGCUCCGGCGGCAGCAGGGGUUUUCCCGACGAAGCUUGACAAGGUGGUGAAGGUGGUGGUGGACAGGCCCAAGAAGAAGAGGAGCCAGAAGGAGAAGGAGGAGGAGGAAGAGCUGCUGGUGAUCGAGGGGAUUGAGGUGGACACGGCCAGGUUCGUGAAGUUCGAUGUUUUUGUGAAUGACGAGGAUGAGAAGUCGGACGAGCUGGACAAGGCGGAGUACGCGGGGUGCUACGCGCAGGUCCCUCACAAGAGCUCGAUUAAGGUUAAGACUAAGAUUAGGCUGGGGUUGACGGAGCUGCUGGAGGAUUUGGAAGUGGAGGGUGACGACAAAAUAUUGGUGACAUUGGUGCCCAAGGCCGGGGGUGAGGACAUCACCAUUGGCGGUAUCAAAAUAAUCUAUGCCUCCUAA